AGACAAGGCAGCAAUGCUGAAUGCACGAAGUGUCCUAGUGACGGGAUCCAACCGGGGCAUUGGCUUGGAGAUUAUCAGGCAGCUGGUGGAGAGCAGCAACAGUCCAGAAUGGAUCUUUGCCACUUGUCGGGAGCCAGAGGGACCCCGUGCCCAGGAGUUGAGGAACUUGGCUGCCAAGCACCAGGGAGUCAAGAUCAUCCAACUCGAAGUUACUGAUCCAUCCAGCAUCCAGGCUGCUGCAGCCAGAGUCACGGAGCACCUGCAAGGAGCCGGGCUGAAUCUCCUGAUCAACAAUGCCGGGAUUCUAAGGCCUGGCAGUCUAGAAUCCGAGACACCAGAGAACAUGUCCGAGGUGUACCAAAACAAUGUGACAGGGGCCAUGAUGGUGAGCCAGGCAUUCCUGCCCUUGCUGAGGAAGGCGUCUAAGGAAAAAAACCAGAAAGGGAUGAGCUGCAGCAAAGCCGCUAUUGUCAACAUGUCCAGCAAAGGAGGCUCCAUCACAAAUCCCUUGAUAUUGGAUGUGGGACACUUCAUUAGUUACCGCUGCAGCAAGGCUGCUCUGAACAUGCUCACUCGGUGCCAGUCCCUGGGGUUUGCUGAAGACGAGAUCUUGUGUGUUGCCCUGCAUCCUGGAUGGGUGCAGACGGACAUGGGAUAUUCAGUGGGGCAGGCUCCAUUAACAGUGGAUGCUAGUGUAAAGAAAAUCUUGAACACCCUUGGCCACCUCUCUGAGAUGGAUAAUGGCACUUUUGUGAACUGGGAGGGGGAAACCAUUGCUUGGUGAGAGAUCGAACUGUCCUCCUUGGCUGCUAUGCAGGAAGAAUAUCUCACCCAUGUGAAUGUGGAUUUGAAUGCCGGAAUAACUGUGUUCUCAACUGCAAUAAACUUAACAUGACUUG